CUCUAAUUGUCGAUGACGGAUGAUUCUUGCCGUUCUCUUGAAGUGCGUUCUCUCUCUCUCUCUCUCUCUCUCUCUCUCUCUGCAACUCAGUAGAAGUGAAGGUUCCAAUCUUCUUAUCCAUACGGAGCCAUCAGUGACCAGAGGAAGAAGAAGAAGGAGAUGCUAUUUCAGGUGGGAGGUGAAGGCACGCGCCCCACCUUCUUCGAGAUGGCUGCCGCUCAGCAGCUUCCCGCCAGUCUUCGCGCCGCUCUUACCUACUCCCUCGGCGUUUUUGCGCUGAGACGACCUUUCCUUCAUAAAAUCUUAGACUACGAGGACGAAUUCUUUGCUGUUCUGAUGCUUAUUCUCGAAGGACAUAGCUUACGAACUACAGAUGCUUCCUUUGCUGAAUCGUUGUAUGGUUUGAGGAGGAAAUCGGUGAGGUUGAGAUUGAAAACGGAUGGUGUAAGGAAGGAUUCCGGCAAAGAAGCUCAACAUUCCGGGUUAGAAAAGCGGCAGAGGAUCCUUUCCGCAGUUUUUCUGGUUGUAUUACCAUAUUUUAAGUCAAAGUUGCAUGCCAUAUACAACAAAGAAAGGGAAGCCAGGCUUCGAGCAAGUUUAUGGGGAACUGGGGGCCAAGGAUUUGAUGAAGCUGACUUCUUUGAAGUGGAGGAAUCUGUUAUUCCAAGAGAUAUUAGUGCAAACGAAGAGGUUUCUGUUAGAUUACAAUUGGCUAGGAAAAUUCAGAAAUUUAUAGCUGCCUGCUACCCUUGGAUACAUGCAACCGGAGAAGGAUUAUCAUUCACUUAUCAGCUCCUAUAUCUUCUGGAUGCUACUGGGUUUUAUUCUUUGGGGCUGCAAGCUCUUGGCAUUCAAGUUUGUCGAGCUACAGGGCAAGAACUGAUGGAUACAUCUUCAAGAAUUUCAAAAAUACGAAGCCGUGAGCGUGAGAGACUUUCUGGUCCCCCUUGGUUAAGGUCAGUACAAGGGGCACUUCUUAGCUGUUCAUAUGCAGUACUUGACUAUGCACAAACAGGUCUAAUUGCGGCAGUUUUUAUCUUCAAAAUGAUGGAGUGGUGGUUUCAGUCAGCAGAAGAGAGAUUAUCAGCUCCAACCGUGUACCCUCCACCACCACCUCCUCCACCCCCGAAAGUGGCCAAAGAAGGUAUCCCGCUACCACCUGACAGAGCCGCAUGCCCGUUAUGCUUGCAGAACCGUGCAAACCCAUCAGUUGUCACAGUCUCGGGAUUCGUUUUCUGCUACUCUUGCGUAUUUAAGUAUGUCACAAAGUACAAGAGAUGCCCGGUGACAUUGACGCCGGCGAACGUGGAUCAGAUCAGAAGGCUGUUUCACGACACAUAAGAACAAGCUACCGCGCUGCCUCACGCCGGCGAAUGAGGUUAGGAUUCGGAUGGGAGCACCUCUUAAUUGCUUGUCGAGUUUUUUAUGCCUUGUCAAUUCUACAAGUGUCGGGAUCCGAUGUUUCUUGUGUUGCAAGAAACUCUUGGUAACCCUAACAAACGGCCCCCUCAGCCCAACACACAAGGGUAAUAUGUGGAGACCCAUAACAGGUUUCUCAGGGUCUUACAAAAAUUCAUAAUUUAAAAUAUACUUCUGUUUUAUUUUUA